AUGCUGGCGGCCUAUGGCCGCCGCGUGGCCUGCGCCGUGUCCGGCGGCGUGGACAGCGCCGUGGCCGCGCUGCUGCUGCGCCGCCGAGGCUAUGAGGUGACAGGUGUGUUUAUGAAGAACUGGGACCCUCUGGAUGAACAGGGAGCUUGCUCCAUUGACAGAGAUUGUGAAGAUGCUUAUCGGGUGUGCCAGAAGCUUGAUAUCCCAUUUCACCAGGUUUCCUACGUGAAGGAAUACUGGAAUGAAGUAUUCAGUGACCUCUUAAAAGAGUAUGAAUUGGGAAGGACACCUAAUCCUGAUAUUUUGUGUAACAAGCACAUCAAAUUCAACCACUUUCUGCAUUAUGCUAUGGAUAACCUUGGAGCAGAUGCAAUUGCUACUGGGCAUUAUGCCAGGACCUCACUGGAGGAUGAGGAAGUGUUUCAACAGAAAUAUACUAAAAGACCGCAGAAGCUUUUCAGAAACCGUUUUGAAGUUAGAAAUACUGUGAAACUCCUUCAAGGCGCUGACCUCUUUAAGGACCAGACCUUCUUUCUAAGUCAGAUUUCGCAGGAUGCUUUGAGGAAAACCAUCUUCCCUUUAGGGGAUUUAACAAAAAGUUUCGUAAAGAAGAUAGCAGCAGAACAUGACCUUCAUCAUGUGCUAAAGAAAAAAGAGAGUAUGGGGGUCUGUUUCAUUGGUGAAAGAAACUUCGAAAAAUUCCUUCUUGAGUAUUUGGAACCUCAACCAGGUAACUUUGUUUCCAUUGAAGAUAAGAAGGUGAUGGGAAGACACAAAGGUUGGUUCCUCUUCACAAUAGGCCAGAGGGCUCGGCUGGCAGGCCUCAAGGAUGCUUGGUUUGUUGUAGACAAAGAUGUCAGCACUGGAGAUAUCUUUGUGGCACCAUCAAGAGAUCACCCUGCUCUGUACAGAGACCUCCUGAGGACGAACCGAGUGCACUGGAUAGCAGAGGAACCCCCGGCAGAGCUCGUUAGAGAGAAGAUGAUGGAAUGUCAUUUCCGAUUUCGGCACCAGAUGGCACUGGUGCCUUGUGUCCUGACUCUAAACCAAGAUGGGAGUGUGUGGGUAACACUAGUGAAGCCAGCAAAAGCUAUUACACCUGGACAGUUUGCUGUGUUCUACAAGGGAGACGAGUGCCUGGGCAGUGGGAAGAUCCUGAGGAUGGGCCCAUCAGUGUAUACCUUGCAACAGGGCAAAAACCGAGAGGAAAGCGCCAAGAAGGAAGAGAUUGACAAAAUAGAACCAGCAACAUAACACCUGGGAUUGUUUAUUGAAGGACUUUGGAGAAUUUGCUGCCUAUUAUCUAUAAUAAAUGCAGUUCUUAAGGCCAGUUAACCAGACAGUCCCAACUCUUGACUAUUAGCACUGAAGGAGUUUAAAAUUAAAGCCAGUCUGGUGCAAUUUUGCUGGACUGUAUGGUGCUGUUUAUAUUAAUACAUAUCAAGGGAUGUCCUAAGGUGUUCUGUAAUAGUAGUUACACAUGCAAGAAUUUUAAUAUAAAAAUCAUGUCUGAAAUAAUAAAUCUCUUAUGCAUAA